ACCUUGAAAAAAGAAAAACAAAAACAAAAAAAAAAAAAAAAAAAAAAACCUCACACGACUACAUGCAGGGGCCGUAAACCAAACGGUAAAUUUAGUAAAAUUUCUUUCGUGUAUUUUUAAUGUUGACGUUGUUGUUAUUCUUACGUGUGCUGACUGUGUGUGAGUUAUAAUGUAAGGCAACUGGCUGUCGUUGUUGUUUUUAGUUGAUGUUGGUGUACUGCAUAGAAUUUAUAUGCAUAUGCACACGAGUCAUCCACAAAUAUACUACAAACAUUUCUCUACUCUUCUUCUCCUCGCUAUCAUCAUCAAAAAAAAAGUUUAGAUUUUGCGCUUCUCGAAAGGAAAAGAAAAACUUGUUUGCUUACCGAGCAAAUUUUAGAGAGAGAGAGAGAGUGAGACAGAGAAAUAGAGAGGCACUUGCUGAGAGAGAGAAACAAUUACCGAAGAUCUCUUUAUAUGCACAUAAAAAAAAAAAAGAAGAAAACUUCAUAAAUUUCUUUAUUUUUUGCAAAGUCAUGUAACUGAAGAAUAAAUAAUUGAGAGACGAAGAGAAACAUUGACAUAAAGAGAGUGAGAGUAAAACUUCCAUGAGAAGUUAUUGUACAUUAAACUAAAAAUAACUAUGUAGGAAAUUUUUCUUUAUAUAAAGAGUGGCCAUUAAACAUAUUUGUGUGUGCGAGUAUUUGCGUUUGCCAUUGCUGUUCGUUACUGGGCUUGUGUGCUUCGUUGUUAUGCGGUUUUAUGUGAAGUCGAAGCUCUAUUGGUUUUAACGAAAACUUUUCAACAGUUAAGCAACGUCGUGCAACACUUAAAAGCGUCAAAAGUUUUUGUGCGGCUAAAACGCUUUUCUUUCAUUACUAAAAACAAUAAAAAAAAAAAAAAAAGAAAGAAGCAAAAUAAGCACUAAGACUCUCAAUCAACAUACAUUAUUUGCAUCAUCCAUAAGCAGCAACUUAACGCGACAUCCGCUUUUAUUGUUUUGACACUAACGAGAGGAAAUGCGAUUAUAUGAAAAGCCAAGCAACAGGACAGCUGCAAUUUUAAAGCAUAAAAAUUCACAAGGACUCUUUCAAAAAGUUGUACAUGUUAUUGUGGCUUUAUCGUUGCGCAUAGCUUGAAUAAAAAUUGAAAAUAAAUUUGAACUAAAAUAAAAAUAAAAAGGGAACAAGGAAAAAAAAAAAGCAAAAACGGGCCCAUAGGAUGAAACUUCAGAUAAAAACUCUCAAUCAUAAGUUAAUGACGGUGGAUAUUGAGCCGACGCAAACCGUAUUCGAUUUGAAAAAGGAAUUGUCUCUCUAUCCGGACGUUGGUGUCCAACCGGAAUUUCAAAAACUUAUAUAUGCCGGUAAAAUCCUCAGCAAUCAAGAUCAGUUGGGCGCUUGCAAUAUUGAUAUCAAGAAAUUUCUAGUCGUUAUGAUCCUGAAGCAAUCUGUAGCGAAAAUGCCGUUAAGCGAGACUAAAAGCAUCGAUGAAGAGGCAAAUAAUAAUAUUACGGCAAAUGUUGAACCGAUAUUAGCAAGCAAUCUAGAAUCUCCUCGAACAGAUACCGCUUCAGCGAUUGAGACGACGCAACCACCUAAGGAUCCUAAUAAGGAGCACUUAGUAGAACAAAUUGUUGGUAUGGGUUAUGAGGAGGUUGACGUACGUCGUGCUUUGGAGGCAAGUUUUGGUAAUCCCGAGCGAGCCAUAGAGUACUUGAUUGAAGGUAUACCCGUAUCCCCAAUUCCCAGUGAAACUGACAUGAUGAUGGACGACGACUCGGAAAAUUCUGAAUUAUCCAUGUAUGAGAUGUUUCGUACAGAUCCGGUUUUUCAAAGUUUACAAUCGGCUAUAGAACAUAAUCCCGAACUUGUCAAUGCCGCUAUUCAGCAGGUCGGCGAUUCAAAUCCCGCUUUAUUGAAUUUGAUGGGCGAGAAUCAACAUGAUAUUCUGAAUAUGUUAAUAAAUGCCAAUGCGAACAAUGAAAUUGACGAAAAUAUCGAACAGGUCUCGGAAGAAGACAGCGGAGAUGAUGAAUUCUGAUUAAAAUGAGAAAAUUAUUGAGAACGAAAAAAAAUUAAUUAUUGUACUCUUUACGUCUUUCUUUUUAAUUGCAUUUAAACGGGCUUUGUGAACGAUUUAAAACAAAACUUUCUUUGAUCCUUAUAUAUGUGGGUAUAUUUUCUAAAAUUCACUAAAUAAAAAAGUUGCGAUACUU